GAUGUUGCAGUACAGUCUGUUAGUGCUGGCCGUGGUAUUUACCAGUGGACAUGCUGUUGAUGACUACCCCACUGGAGGCAUUUACAUGGGGUACAGGAGCUGCAAAGACAUCAAGCAAAUCGAUAGCUCUGCAACAGAUGGAAUUUAUACUCUGACAACCAAAGAUGGAGAGCAGUAUCAGACCUUCUGUGACAUGACUACCAAUGGAGGAGGGUGGACAUUGGUGGCCAGUAUCCACGAAAACAAUAUGUAUGGGAAGUGCACAGUGGGAGAUCGCUGGACCAGUCAACAGGGAAAUUCCAUUAACUACCCUGAAGGAGACGCCAACUGGGCAAACUAUGCCACGUUUGGGCAGGCUGCUGGAGCAACCAGUGAUGACUACAAGAAUCCAGGAUAUUAUGAUCUCGCCAAGGAUUUGGGUCUAUGGCAUGUGCCCAACCGGACUCCGCUUUCUCAAUGGAGGAACACAGCUCUGCUGAGAUAUCGUACAGCAAAUGGCUUCUUAACUGCAGAAGGAGGAAACCUUUUUAAGUUAUAUAAGAAAUAUCCAGUGAGUUAUAACGCUAGGAGCUGCCCGACCAACAAUGGACCUGUUGUGCCAGUUGUGUACGACUUGGGAAAUGCUGAAAAAACAGCUAAUUAUUUCUCUCCACUGGUGAAAAGUUAUUUUACUCCUGGCUUUAUCCAGUUUCGUGUUUUUAACUAUGAAAGAGCACCACUGGCUCUGUGCCCAGGAAUGAAGGCGAAGUCAUGCCAUACUGAACAUUUCUGUAUUGGAGGUGGGGGCUUCUUCCCAGAGGGGAAUCCCCGUCAAUGUGGAGAUUUUGCUGCCUAUGACUGGGACGGAUAUGGGACACACACAGGAUCGAGUGCCAGCAAGGAGAUAACGGAGGCAGCUGUCCUGCUCUUUUACAGCUAAUUAGGAAACCAUCCUGUCAUUUUGUGCACUUAAAUAAAUAUUUCCCAAAGCUU